GUUUCUUCUGUAUAAUGUGUGCAGUCAUCGGCAGGACAAACCCUUCAUGCAAACUGCACCUACUUUCAAGAAGAAGAAGAAGUAGUGUAGUUUGUGUCAAGGGUUUCAUCUUCUCGGUGACUGAGUGGUGGUGUGGGUGACGCUUAGACAAGGUUUAAUUAAACGAUGUAAAUUUGAAUCGACAGGGCUAUCAUGUUGCUGCGGAGCUUCAAGAGUUCAACAACUUGGUCUGUCUUCCAGUUUGUGGUAAACGGUUCCAAACCCAAGAUUAAUAAGAGGCCUUGUAGUUCAGGAAUCCCUUUUGAAGAGCUCACAGAGCAAGCUACAGUUACUGAAAAUGACACCAGUCAAAGCAAUAUUUCCAAUGAUUCAGAGUUGUGGCAUUUAUUAGGUAGAUCAUCAGAAUUUGAUGAUCAGGAGCAAAAUAAAGAUACAGAGCUUUCAAGUAUACAAACUUUAAGAUACACAAAUAAGGUGCUUUUUGGCCCUCUUCUAGGAAAAUCUGCCCAAAGGAAGAGCUGGGUAAAACAAGAGGAACAGGGUAAUAAUGAAGUAAAAUACAAGAGAAAAAGUGUGCAUUUAACAAAUAAGGAAAACUCAGAAGUUAAGCCCCUUAUAUAUAAUUUUGGAAACUCUCAUCACCUUGGCAUUUUUCCUGAUAGUUCCAAGCUGUCAAAUGAACGAAAUAUAUCUAAAGUUAAAAUAGAAUUUAAGACGUCUAAGCAUGCUUAUAACUCUGAUGAGAACAGCAGCACUAGUAAAUAUAAUGGUUUUGACAGUAUUAUUAAAAGAACAGCUGUUACAAAAAUUCCACAGCAUCUGAAAAGUUAUAAUAGAACCCAAGGAAAAUCCAAAUCUCAAAAAAUUAUAGUUAAUUCUUGGAUAAAUGACAAAGAACAGACCUUUGGGACUUUUUCUCGUACGACUGAAAUUUUGUGCAAUGAAAAUGAAAAAAAAUUCAAUAUUACAGAAAAUACCUUAAAGAAGCCCACAACAAAUACCAUUGGUAAAACUCAAGAAAGCAAUAUGAAAGAGGAAAGACCAGACCAAAAGUCAUUCAUUGCUAAACUUAAGGAAAAAAAUAAUAAUCCUUAUUUUAUUAUGAUUGAUAAUUCCAAGUUUGCAGCCGUCCCAAGCUCUUUGGAUCUGAAAAGGAUUGAAAAUUUUCCACUGGUCAGUGACUCAUCGGUCACUUAUGCUAUGCAAGACAUGCCUGUCUCUGACACACCUCUAGGGAAAGAAAGUAUUGUUUCAAUUGGGAUAUUUGAUGAUGGCUACCAUAAACUUCCUAGUGUUAGAAAAAUACUAGAACAAACUAUGCCUCAGAGUAAUAAGAUAAUGUUAGAGAAAUGGAAGGCAAAAAUGAUCAGAGAACUUGGAGAAGAGGGCUUUCAACAAUAUCAGAAAGGUUUGUUAGACCGUGGAAUGUUACUUCAUGGUUGUAUACAGUCAGAACUUAGUGGUGUUACACCACUCACUGAAGAUAUGCCAUCUUUAGGAGGUCUUUGGACAAGUCUCAAGCAAGUUUUGCCAAAUGUGUCAGAUGUAAAUGUGUUGGAGAGUCGCUUGAUCCACCCACAUCUCCACUACCAGGGAUCUGUGGACUGUGUUGGCUUCUACAGAGGAACACCAAUGCUCAUUGAAUGGAAGACUGCUAGCAAACCAAAACUCUCCUUAAAAUCAAUGUUUGAUGACCCCCUUCAAGUUGUAGCUUACUUGGGAGCUCUCAACUUUGAUACUAAUUAUAAACUCCCUUAUAAUGUGGAUUCUGCUUUGCUGGUUGUGGCAUAUGAUACAGGAUUGCCAGCUCAUACCCAUUUUCUUAGUAAAGAUCAGUGUGAACACUACUGGAAAAUGUGGUGCUCCAGACUUGCUCAGUUUUGGAGACAAAUAGAACUUCAAGGAUCUAAUAUGAAGAGGAGAGAGGAGUAAUAUUAUUACACCAUAAAGUUAUUAGAUAAUCUUUAUCUAUAAAAGAGAAUGUCUGUCUAUUUAUCUGUUUUGAACUAGCCUCACCAAACUUUGCAGGGUGAUUGGUCUUUGUCUGGGAAUAGUCAUGGGGGGGGGGGGGGGGGGGAGUUAAGGGUCAAGCCCCAUGUUCUCUUUCAUAUGGCAAAUCAUACUAAUUUCUUAUACAAUAAAUUGUACUGCAGUGAUAUAUUUGGAUGUCAGAAUAUUUUAACAAUUAUAAAACUAUAGUCACUAAGGAUUUCUAAGUUCAUUGAAGUAAAACACUACAAUUGAAUCGUGUGUACCCAUCUAAAUUCACCACCACCGUACUACCUGUAUUAUUAUUAUUAUUUGUUCAUAUUUUACCAAGUAUUAUAGUACAUUAUAACA